AUGCUCCAAAACACUAUCAAGCGUUACCACGUUACUAGCAAUAUGGCAGCUCCCGUGAACAGUGUGGGUAACCCCUCAGCUGACCGUUCAACUUUCAAUAGUACAAGCUUUCAGAAGAAAGCUAGAAGCAAAUUAAUCUCCAUACCUGGUACUAGACCUUCCGUUCAAAAUGGACAACUCUUAAUUUCGACUGGUGUCACGUCACUCGACUAUCUGCUCGGUGGUGGGUUAGCAGUUGGAACUGUGCUUCUCAUUGAGGAAGACCGAUAUGAUAGCUACUCUCGCAUGAUCUUGAAGUACUUUCUGGCUGAAGGAGUGGUGUGUCGACAUGAACUUUUUGUGGCGGCGGCUCAAGAUAAUCCAGAUGAUAUCUUACAGGAACUCCCAGCACCCAUCUUGGAUGAUGUUGCUAUUCACAAACCUUUGGAGCAGCCCAGGCUGCCGUGUGAACCCCAAAACCGUUUGGAUUCCAUGAAGAUUGCCUGGCGCUAUCAGAAUCUACCUAAAGUACAGAGUGCUCUGGCAUCCUCUUCCCGGUUUGGGCACUACUAUGACGUCUCCAAGACGAUGGACCCAGAAAUUCGUCAGGCAGCCAAGUGCCACCGCUUCUACCUUCCAGAACAUCCCAUUCUGUCAUCAACCGCACACAGUACCAUGUUUGAGUCCUACUCUGCAUUGCUGAAGUCUCUUCAAGAGAUCAUACAAAGGGAGGGCUUUGAUGUGGCUGCCCCCAUGUCAAAGUCACGUAACAUCUUGAGAAUUGGGCUUCACUCUCUUGGCUCAGCUCUGUGGGGUGAUGACCUGAGUUGCCAUGAUAACCCUACACACAGCCACGCCCUGACUACAUUUCUUUAUGGACUACGUGCCUUGCUGAGGUCAUCACUGUCAGUUGCAGUAAUUACUGUACCCUCUCAUCUCAUCCAGGACAGAGCUCUAAUGGGCAGCAUAACCAGGCUAUGUGACAAUGCCAUAGCACUUGAAUCUUUCAAAGGCUCAGAAAGAGAGACCAACCCUCUCUAUAAAGACUACCAUGGUCUACUACAUGUUCACCAGGUUCCUCACCUAAACUGUCUGGCAAGCCAACUUCCUGACCACAAGGACCUCGCCUUUAAGCUGAAGAGAAAACAGUUCACUAUUGAGCGGCUGCAUUUGCCUCCAGACUUGUCCGAGACUGUGAGUCGUGUGAGCAGGGGAGAUCUGGCAGGAGCAGCCAUGGUGGCUUCAGCCUGUGGCUCCGGCACUUCCGGCAACAAACACCUGGACUUCUAGAUCUCUGGCACAGUCGCCAUGGGCAACCAACACCUGGAAUGCUGCAGACGUUGUCCUCUUUGCUGCAGUGACCAGGUUGUUUCCUCGCCCACAUAAUGUCAACAGUGAUAACCUGGCCAGCCAUUACCACCUGCCAAGUGUACCAGCCAGGGGUGAAGAUCUAAACAUCCACAACACCUCUGUUCAAAACAGACACUUUUACUCAUAUAUUUCAAGCCAUUUUUUUACAUAUGAGUAUACCAUAUAGCCUUUUUUUGUGACUCAGACAGUUUCAUGAGAAGCCUAUUGAAGUCAUCAUCAUCAUCAUCAGCUCCCCCAGAAUCUGCAAAAAUUGUAAACCCUGAGGUCCUUCAAAAUGCAGUAUGAAGGUCUAUGAAUGGCAGAGUGACUGGUGCUUAACCCAGUUAAAAUCCAAUACAGAGAAUUAUUCAGGGUUUGGUACAUUUAGUUUGUUCUUUGUGUUUUUCUCUGCCUCUGGGGAUUUUGUUUACAAGUAAAGUGUAAUCAUGAAAUAUUUUCCAGUCUUCACAGACUCUCCAUCUUGGCAAACAUUAAAUAAUUCAACUAAGCUCUGGGCAUACUUUACAAAACAUGAGGUCGCUCCUGUGCUGCUCCACCAUUUAAAAAUACAGUUUAUUUUCUAGGACAAUGAACUGUCCUCUUGUGAAAUAAAGAUGACAAGUAUACAAACCAGAACCUGACACAUUCUCUUUAUUGAGAUUUUUUUUUUUUUUUUUUUUUUUUUGCUUUACUACACCACAGUAUCAACUCUGAGCAGAAAAGUGACUUUCCCUGAGAGUGUGUCUUAUGAAUGACUGAUCUCUGUGGUCCCUGACUGGUUUCAGGUUCAAAUAGGGUUAUGUCCAACUGACCCCUGAGACUGUGCCGGUAAGUAACGUCCACCUCCAGUAAGCGGAGCAGAGCAGGAAUGUAGGCAGAGGGUAGGAAAACUGGAUUUGGAUGCAGGCUUCACACCUCAUCAGGCAUGUUUGCUGGAUGAGCUGCUUUGCCAUGACAAGUCCAAAAGAACAAAUUAGGUCAAAUGGUGAGAUGGAUAAAAACAGAAAAAGAAACAUGAAAAAUUAAAUGUUUCACUUUUGUUUUCCACAGACCACCACCGAUGCCACUUUGAAUAUUUUUGCCUGUAGAAACUGGCAGUAUUGGUAACCAUCUGCAACAUGUGUUGGGAGAGAAUUGCGUUACCUGACAGUUUUAUACACGAAUGGAGCGCUCUUAUAUCGGGUUCAUGAGAGAGACAUGACAUGCACAGGUCACUUGUACAGGUAAACAGAAGUUUAUGUUAUCAGGAUGAAAAUAGUUCUCUGAGUUGCUGUUGCUAAAGUUCUGGCAUAUUCAGGGUAUACUUUUAAAGUAAAUGAAAACAGAAUAAAUUAAUUUUGCCAUGAGUUCAUGUUGGCAUGCUAGUGGUACACCUCUUUUUAAACAACUUAACUUUGGAAAGUGCCUGUGUCACUGUUCUGAUUAGUUUUGUUUUGUUUUUUUUGUUUGUUUGUUUGUUUUUUAAAGAUUAGCUUCUGUUUGUAAUGUGAGUUAUGUCUGUGCUUGUAAGAAUAACAUGUUGCCUCAGUUUUCUAUGAAGUUGGAGUAAAUGUAGUAUUUACUUGUGCUCGUCUCUCUGAAGUAAAAUAAAUGGCAUUUCAACAUUU